AUGUCCUUUAUCGACGCGGCUAUUAUCACAACCGCACUUCCUACUAUAUUCCGAGAACUCGGUAAUGAGCAGGAUUACAUUUGGGUAAUUAACACGUUCCUCUUCGCCUCCACCGUCCCCCAGCCCCUCUUCGCGCAAACCUCCAACAUCCUCGGCCAACACACCCCCAUCCUAAUCUCCCUCUCCCUUUCCAUCCUCAACAGCGGUAUCGCCAGCGGCGCCCAAACUUCCGCAACUUUAAUCGCCGCUCGCACAAUCCAAGGUCUAGGCACAAGCGGCCUCUACGUCCUCGCAGAUAUGAUUCUCUGA